AUGGAAGAAAAUGGGGAUGUGAGGGCAAGGUGUUUGAUUUUUAGUAAGUCUUAUGCAUAUGGUAGUUCCCCUCAUAGGACUAAGAAUUUGAGGCACCAUAUAGAAGGUUGUCCUAAACGUACCAUUAGUAGUGUAGAUCAAUUGAUGAUGGAUUGUGAUACUAAAUUGAGACGUUUGAGGAUUUCUCAAGAGAUUUAUCAUGAGAAGAUGACAAUAGGAAGCAUAAAACAUAAUUACCCAUAUUUAAUAAUGAAGCAUGAAGGAAUUAGGGAUGUCCACAUAUAUUUGAAUCAUGAAGUUAAGCCUUAUACUAGGAACACCGCUAAGGCGGAUUGCUUAAAGAUAUAUUAUAGGGAGAAGGAAAAGAUUAAGCUUGCUUUAGAGAGGGUUUCGGGUACAAUAUGCUUGACUUCUGAUAUUUGGAGUUCUUGUACUACUGAUGGGCAUAUUUCUUUAACAGCUCACUAUGUUGAUGAGAAUUGGGAGUUACAAAGUAGAAUUCUUAAUUUUUGUCAUAUUCCUCCUCUACACUCAAGGGCUCUUUUGUCAAAAAUAGUGUAUGAUUUCUUAAAAGAUUGGGGGAUUGAAAAGAAAGUCUUCUCUCUUACAUUAGACAAUGCAAGUAAUAAUGAUAAGAUGGAAGACAUUUUAAGGAGUCAACUUUGUGUGCAAAAUGCUUUAUUAUGUGGUGGUUCUUUUUUUCAUGUGCGAUGUUGUGCACAUAUCCUGAAUCCCAUAGUCCAAGAAAGGUUAAAGGUUAGUAGUGUGGCUUUACAUAAGAUUUGUGAAAGUGUGAAAUAUGUUAAAGGAAGUGAGGCUAAAAGAAUCAAGUUUGGAGAACUUGCCAAACAAAUUGGUGUGAUAAACUCAAAAGGAUGCAAACUUGUACCUCAGAAAUGUGUGGAGAGUUCAAGAGUUCAAGUGCGUUUAUACGAAGAGAUGGAAAACGAGGAUGAAGUUGUUAGUAUCAUGGCAAGUCAAAUGAAAGUAAAGCUUGACAAAUAUUGGGAUUCUUAUAGCGUUGUGUUAGCAAUUGUAGCAAUUGUGGACCCACGUUUCAAGUUUGAGUUUGUUGAGUUUUAUUACAAAAAAGUUGAUGGCCCAAUAGUUGAAUCAAGAAAGUUGGAGUUCGUCAAGGAGGAGUUGUAUAAGCUUUUUGUUACUUAUGAGGGUCUAAGUUGCAAUGAGUUCCCACCGAUCCUUGGGUACAGACUAGUAGUACUAAUAUCCUUGGAGAUGAUAUUUGUGUAA